AUGGUUGCGCCUUCAGGAAAAAAAGAACGCGAAAAGAAAGAGAAAGAAAGAGACGAGAAAGAUGAGAAAGUCGACCGACUUCUGCGGGACAUUUGUCACGCUGUACGACCACGAGGUAUCGGCUUGAUCAGAUUGCCGUUUGGUGUAUCGGAUCAUCGCUCGGGACCAUACCUACCGAAUCUGUACAUAGCAGGCAAUAAAAUCUAUCACAGGACACAGUCGAUACCUGAUGUCUCUCUGCCUGGCCAGGACAAGGACUUCUCCGGUCACGCUCAGCUGAAUCCGUUCACGCACAUGACUGGCGUUGGGGUUGAUCUCGAUCUUGGCGACUCCUGGGGCGCAGGAUAUGCUCUGCAAGGCGUCAAUUUCUUAGGUUUGGAUCUUCGCAAACACUAUCGGCAGUACGCGCAAAUGCCCCAUCUCUUCACCGAUGGUAUGCACCAACCUUUUCAAAAUUCGUUCAUUAUUGGCGCUGAGGUGGAUCCGUCAAAAUAUGUGAGCACAGCGUCGGCACUGGACGUGCCAAUCCCUGGACUGAAUGAGGUUUUUGACUUCCAAGAAGAAACUCUUAUAAAGCGUGAUGAAGAAUUAAUUGACAUCCGUCACACGAGAUUCUCUUUGCCGAUACCUGGCACUGACCAGCGGCUUCCAUUCAAGGCACAUUUAUUCGAACGCUUCAACGAUGUCAAUUUGAACUUCGCUCACGUCUUGCCAAGUAUAAACACUCAUCGCGUUAGAACUGAUGAUAUUGUCGACGAACUCGUAUCAAAUAGAGCAAAUCCUACACUCGUCGGCUGA